ACUUAAACUGAUAAUAACCCAACCUUAUCAUAACGCAACCAUGGCCACUUACGAUUUCAUUUUAAAAGUUGUCGUCUAGAGGAAAAACACCUGUGUAGUUUAGAAUUCAUUCUCAGAAGCCUUUUUAGACUGAAUUAAUACUAAAAUUAACCGAGCUCUACAGAAAAUUGGGAUUAUGUAAUCACUGUUUAGUUUUUUUAAUCGUGGUAAUUAAUUAUAAAUAUUUAAAAAAAACAUUCGGAAAACUGCUCUUGAAUACCUACAGAAUGGCUCCAGCGCAGCAGGACGUUCCCAUCUGUGGGGAGGCCCACCCUCAGAUUAGAUUAAGACUUAACGGCAGUGAUAAUAAGAGUGAAAAUAAAGUGAAUAGUGGUGAUGAUCCAGUACUCCGAAACGAAGACUUCGAUAUUAGUGAAUAUGAAGCGAUGGAAUUCAGGCCGAGGAUAAAGUGGCCAGAUCUCAUAGUACAAGUAGCGUUGCAUUUAGUGUCAUUAUAUGGACUUUAUCUGGUUCUAAGUUUCCAAGUGAAAUUCUUCACAGUAUUAUUUGCAUUUGCCACAAUAUACACGUCGGGCUUCGGCAUCACGGCAGGCGUGCAUCGGCUGUGGUCGCACCGCGCGUAUCGUGCGCGGACGCCGCUACGGGCCCUACUUGCUAUCCUUUUCACUAUUACAGGACAAAGGGACAUCUACACAUGGGCGCUAGACCACCGCGUGCACCACAAGUAUUCCGAGACCGUGGCGGACCCCCACGACAUCCGGCGAGGGUUCUGGUUCGCCCACGUGGGGUGGCUGGUGCUGACCCCUCACCCCGCUGUUGAGAACCGCCGGAUAGCGCUGAAGGAGACCUCGCAGGAUCUGAUGGCAGAUCCCGUUGUGAGACUGCAGAAAAUAUUCUUCAUUCCAAUGUUCGCAUUACUCAACAUAGCUUUACCAGUUUGGAUCCCGUGGCACUUCUGGGAAGAGACCCUGGUGAACAGUUUCGUCAUCAGCUUCGUACUCCGGUUCACCAUCACUCUGAACAUCGCCUAUUGCGUCAACAGCUUCGCCCAUUUAUGGGGAAACAAGCCGUAUGACAGGUUCAUCAAGUCAGUAGAGAACUCAGCCGUGAGCCUGGCAGCCCUGGGCGAGGGCUGGCACAACUACCACCACGUGUUCCCGUGGGACUACCGCACCUCAGAACUGGGCCGCAUCAAUAUCUCAACCAACUUCAUCGACGCCUUCGCCAAGAUUGGAUGGGCAUACGAUUUAAAAGCCGCCACCUCUGCCAUGAUCAUCAACCGAGCUGAGAAGACCGGCGAUGGAACCUUCGGCGAGUCCGAGGAACCGGACCCUUUCCCUGAAGAAUACGCACACUAAAUUACUCUUCCUAUUAAUAAGACGCUGGAUAUCGUCUAUUAUUUUAAUAAAGGAAUCUUUUCAGUGUGAGAAUAUUAAAGCACAUAAAACUAAAUUAAAAACGACGCGCUCUCAUAGAGACUCGAAUCUAACGCACGUAUUCACAAACAUUACUAUGAGGUCUCACAGUGCGCGUGGACGCACAUGGCACUUGAACCAAUCACAGAGCUCUAUUUAACGCUGUGCGUUCGAUUUUCUUCUUCACUUAAGCAAGCAUCGUUUGUGAAUACGGGCGUAACUGGUUGAGUGCAUGCGCCUAACCCUAUAUGCCACAGAGGUCUUGCCUGAUAUGGCGAAAUUGGCUUCUAUAUUUGAUAAACUUUACUAGCUUGGUUACUAAAAUUAUAAAUUUAUUACUAUGGAUCUAAUUUUAUCAAAAUAUUCUAUUUUUGUAAAACUCUGACCACAACAUGUUGACCGUGGGGUUAAGUUUAUAAGUAUAAAAUAUUUUUUUACCUAACAGUAUUUCACCUCUGCCAUACCUUUAUCGAAAAUCACAUUGCAAUAUGCAUUUGAAAUUCCCUAUCAAGUCAAAGUUUGAUGCAUAAUCGAUCUUACGAGUAUUAGAUAUCGUGGUGUUUAGAUAAUAUAUUAUAAGAUUAAUUGGUUGGGAUUCCCAACCAAUUUUUCUAUAUUUUACUCAGGAAAAUCACGGUCCAAUUUGUCGUCCAAUUAUCUAAACACGAUAAAAAUAAUAGAGAUAUUAACUGUUAUCUGAGAGAUUUGUCUGCAAGUGACACGCUAUUAAUGAGUUUGGGCGGAUAAAUGAUCCAUUAGAUGAGAAACGAGAUAUUUCGUCAUACCAGGCCUGUUCAUCUCCGCGAGUUUACAUCGAAAACAAAACACGCACGAUUGCCCCCUACAAGAGUACUAUUCGACAAGGCCUCACAUACGAGCGAACAUUGACUCACGCACGCGUAUUCUUGUGUAUGAUGGAAAAAAAUAAAGAAAAUGGUGUACUAAAUUCUGUGCAGUAUUUAACUGCCUAAAUAAUAAUAAAAACACAGAAUGUACUUUUUUAAGUUGCCUGAAGACACUGAGAGGUAAAUAAGUAGUUAAUAUUAUUCAUGAUAAUUCAUGCUAAAUCAUGUAUUUCCUCCGCCAUUUUCUGCAGAUUGGCACCUCACGUCACAUCAUUUUACCGAAGUCAGCCCUAUAGCUUCGGCGCAGUACCGAUCACUGACGUUUGUCAACAAAACUUCUGACAAAGUUGCUUGACUCUUGAGACAAGCUAAAUUACACCAUAUUGUUAAUGACAUUGAGCAUACAUUUUUUUAAAUACCUUCGCGAAGUAAAACUUCUGUACGUAGUACUUAUUAUUAUUCUGUGGUCAUACUUGUUACUUCAAUCGCCGAAGUACUAUAUUUACGCCGAAGUCAGUUAUAUUAACUUUCCGCGAUCACUUGUCAACGCCAAUAACAAUGAAAAUAAGUCACAAGGUCAUGCUGUAAUAUUCGGAAACAAGUCCCAAACUCGUUGCGGGAAAUUGUAGGUUUCACUUAUUUUCAUAAAAAGAACAGAACAGAAAUAUCCUCGAAAAUUCUCUUUGUAGUGACUCACUCAACCUACUAAUUUUCGGUCUUUAAUGGGAAAUCAUGGCUUCUCUUCUUUUGUUGUUAAGUUAAUUAAUGUUAUUUUAUUACGAAACAAGUUUUUAAGUUAUAAGGAAUUGAACACGGGUCAAAGUUUUACAUAUAACCUACGAGUACAUGCUAAAAGUGUUUACUUUGAGAGCCAUAAAGCCUGGAAUGUCAAUCGAAGUGUCCAUAAAAUCGUGCCACUGUCACAAGCCCUCCCGUCUGAGCUGGACGAUAAAAAAUAACAACUUGUUAAGGCUUUGUUUUUACUCACUAAUGAAUAAACUGAUAAAAUGUUAAUGCUGUUUUGCAUAUUUUCAGUUUCCAGACGUAUUAAGUCUCCUGACUUAAGAAUUUGUACACAAUUAUUAAACUAUAUGUUAAAUUAGAUAACCUAUGUGAUACCUACGCAUUGUUGGUGGCACCUAAAAUAAUAAUUACAACGUGUAAUUGAAUGAACAAAAUCUCCUGAAAUUAAUAGUAGGCACACACAAUAGGUGGGAUUGAGAGUACUAAAAUUACUUUAAUUAGACAUUGGAUAGUAAUUAUUUUUAAAAUAAGUAACACUUAUGUAUCUUGCCGUGUCUGAAAAUAAAAAAGGAAUAUCAUUUUUACUUCAAAGUUAAAAUUAAUGAGUUGUAGAGAACGAAUCUUAUACGACUGAAAUUAAAAAGCAUACUUAUGUGUAAUCUGUAAAAAAAAUACAAAAUUAUCAUAAAUAUAAUAAUGUAGUUUUGUGAUAUCUGAUACGUUAUUUAAUUGGCAUGUUAUAGAAUUACACUGAAUGCAAUGCUUUUGUUUUCAGUGGAAUGAAAUUCCGAAACAUUUAAUGAUGAAACUUUGAUACAAUAAUAAUCCCCGCAAGCUUUGAAUUUCCUACCUCUGCUAUUUUACGAUAUUAUGAAAUUGUCUUAAACGAGUGUUAACCAGCUAAUUAUAAUGUUAAUAUUAUUUACGAGUAUAAUAUGCUUUAAUGCUGCCUAAUGGGGCAUAAUCGUAAUGUGUCUUAUGAUUUAAAAUAGCAAAAACUACCUUAACAUCAAUAGAAAAAGCAACAGCAAAAUCACGAAACGUCUCCCAAAAUAUCGCAAAUUUAUUAAACACUGUAGGUACGAGAUUAUUAUGUUAAAUUUAAAAAACAAUUGCCAUAAUCUGCUCAUGAUUAUGCAUUUGCCAUGUUUCUAUGGGACCAAAUUGUCAACUUUUCAUAGACUUUGAAUAAUUGAUGAUGAAUAUCGAUGUCUGUAACUUCUGCCACAAAACAGGGACGAGAGCACGUCAAGCUACUUAAAGAGUGAAAUAAUUGAAAAAUUAUAAAAUAUCAUUUGUGGAUGCGAUUUUGCAACUGAAUGUCAAAUCUGAUGUGCUAUCGACCGUACUUGCUACAUAAUACCUAUGGUACUUCGUUCGGGAAUCCAAUUAGUUUCAAUUAUUGAAGUCUAUACAUAUAAGCUUGAGGCAUGUUUUUGAAGUAUUAGAAUUAUGAAGUAUAAAAAGGCUUUUAUACUUUCUACGAAUUGUUGAAUGUCCGUCUGAUAUUGAGACUCAUCGCAUUAACCUGUCCCCCAAUUUAAAAUUGUUUGAUUUAAAAGUGUUUAGUUCUCCGACACGUUUGGAUGAUACAAGAUUAAAAACGCCAGGAUUAAACACACGAUUCCACAUCAUGCAUGAUGACAGCAUGUAAGUCUAAAGAUAGUAGAAGCACAUUUUCCGGCCAACGAAAAUACUUAUCAGGAAAUCGAACGAUAUGUAGGUAUAAAACAGCGUGACGGAUUUCAAGUUUUAUUUGACAGGCGUAAAUAGGGCGAAGAAAAGAGCGCUCUUUAUGAAAGAUCGAACAUUACUUUAUCACGUCAAAAUUACAAUACAAUCACAUUUUAAUCGAAAUUAGGUCUAUUCUGUAGUUAAAAUUUUCCAUUUUAAUUUACAAUUACGUAGUAGUACAAAUUGUUAUUAAAAUUUAAGAAAUAAUUUUAUAAUAUUAAUUGUAAGAUGGCUGUUACAAUUUUUUAUUUAAGUAUAUUAUUGUUUACUUAUAAAAUAUGUACCUAAUUUAAUGUCUCUUAAUUUAUUUGUUAUCGACCAUAAUAUAAUAAAUGUUUCACAUUAA